AUGGCCUAGUGGUAAAAUAGAUUCAAUCCUAAUCAGUUAUCUCAUAUGAAAUACAACCCCGACAUCCCCAUAUCAUCUGCUUCUUUCUCUUUCCUUCCUCCACAACCAGCCAGAGCAACGCACUAAACAACUAGAAAAUAUGAAAAACAAUUUCAUAUACACCGACACCUUAACCUAGCUAAUCCAGCAUAAUAGCACUGGAACUCCAUUUCCAUCUGGUUCACAAACUCCGUUUCUCUCCCCUCUGUCAACUUAUGGCAUAUCAAAGACUCAUACUUUUCUUGGUUUUUCUCCUUUUCCUCACAAACCCAGUAAAAUCUCAGCUUGAUGAAGAGCUCCACUUCAAUGGGUUCAAUGGCGUUGGCAGCAACAUGAGCUUAAAUGGGGUCGCAGAGAUCGAGCCCAAUGGCAUGCUAAAGCUCACAAACGACACUCUAAGAGUCUUGGGUCACGCUUUCUAUUCAUCUCCAAUCAAAUUCAAGAACUCAACUGAUGGAAAAGCUUUCUCCUUUUCCACCGCUUUUGCUUUCACUAUAGUCCCAGAGUACCCCAAGCUCGGCGGCCAUGGCCUCGCCUUCAUAAUCUCACCUUCAAAGGAGCUUCCUGGGUCUCUUCCAAGCCAGUACCUUGGUAUUCUCAACGCCACAGUUGUCGGCAACUUCUCAAACCACAUCUUUGCUGUUGAAUUUGACACUGUGCAGGACUUCGAAUUUGGCGACAUCAAUGACAACCAUGUUGGCAUCGAUAUAAACAGCUUGGCCUCCAACAGAUCAACUCCAGCUGGGUAUUUCACCAGUCAAAAUUCAACAAAACAGAGCCUCAACCUCAAAAGUGGUCACGUAAUCCAGGCCUGGGUGGAUUACGAUUCAGUGAAAAACCAAGUAACUGUUAAGCUUUCCCCUAAUUCUAUCAAACCCACAUCUCCAAUUUUAACCUUCGAUGUGGAUCUCUCUCCAAUUUUUCAAGAUUUUAUGUACGUUGGCUUCUCUGCCUCAACUGGGUUGCUAGCCAGCUCGCACUAUGUCUCUGGUUGGAGCUUCAAAAUGAAUGGAGAUGCCAAAUCUCUCUCUUUGGAUGCUCUGCCUAAACUCCCUGGGCCCAAAAAAACACACAGAGGUGUAAUUGUGGGUGUUUCUGUUUCUGCUCUUCUGGUCUUGAUCUUAGGCAUUGGGUUGGCUUUCUACAUCAUUCACAGAAUCAAGAACGCUGAGGUGAUUGAAGCUUGGGAGCUUGACAUUGGUCCUCACAGAUUCACAUACCAGGAGCUGAAGCAUGCCACAAGAGGCUUCAGAGACAAAGAGGUAAUUGGGUUUGGUGGGUUUGGUAAAGUUUAUAAGGGAACUUUGCCAAACUCAAAUACCCAAGUUGCUGUUAAGAGAAUAUCCAAUGAAUCAAAACAGGGUCUUCAAGAAUUUGUGUCUGAAAUUGCUAGCAUUGGUCGUCUUCGCCAUAGAAAUUUAGUUCAAUUAUUGGGUUGGUGUCGUAGGCGUGGUGAUUUGUUGCUUGUAUAUGAUUUUAUGCCUAAUGGGAGCUUGGACAAGUACCUGUUUGAAAACCCCAAAGCAAUUUUGAGCUGGGAGCAGAGGUUCAGGAUUGUCAAAGGUGUAGCUUCAGGGCUAUUGUAUUUACAUGAAGGUUGGGAGCAAACUGUGAUUCAUAGAGACAUUAAAGCAGGAAAUGUGUUGUUGGAUUCUGAGCUAAAUGGAAGGCUUGGUGACUUUGGUCUUGCUAAGCUGUAUGAGCAUGGCUCAAACCCAACAACAACCAGGGUGGUUGGCACACUGGGUUACCUCGCUCCUGAGUUGACUCGGACUGGAAAACCUACUCCCAGCUCAGAUGUGUUUGCUCUGGGAGCUCUUUUGCUUGAGGUGGUUUGUGGGAGGAGACCCAUUGAGGCCAAAGCCAUGCCUGAGGAGCUCAUUUUGGUGGACUGGGUUUGGGACAAAUGGAGAGAUGGUACAAUUCUUGAUGUUGUGGACCCAAGAUUGGAGGGUGAGUUUGAUGAGCUUGAGGCUGUUGUGGUGCUUAAACUUGGUAUAAUGUGUUCCAAUAAUACCCCCAAGGCAAGACCUACAAUGAGACAGGUGGUGAGGUACUUGGAGGGUGAGGUGGCACUGCCUGAGGUGGUUUUGUCUCCUGGGGCGUAUGAUGGGAGAAAGGACAGUGAGCGUGGUGCUGAGUUUGAGGAUUAUGUGCAUUCGUAUCCAACAUCUUCAUAUUUUGAGAAGGCAAGUGCAUGGUCAUGUGAUGAUGCAGAUGUUGAUUUUGAAGCUGCUUCUUCAAGCUCACCUCUCUCAGUAUCUGGUAGAAAUGGUGCUAGCUGCCCAAGAUAGUAUCAAUUUCCUGUCUCUGUCUCUCUCUCUCUCUCUCUCUCUCUCUCUCUCUGUCUUUCUUUUUUCUUUUGGGUUUUGUUUCUCUUUUUUGGUAUAAUUAUAGCUAUGCUAGUAUUUUUUUUGUUUCCAUGUAAAUUUGAUUAUUAUGACACCCAUUUUGGGUUGUAAAUGUUCUGGUGUACAUGAUGUUUCUGUUCUUUAAUCUGCAGUUAUAGUGAGGCUUCCUCUUUCAUCU